GUAGAAUUAAAAAGAGUGCAAAAAAAGAUUUCGUUUUUCAAGAUUUCCUAUAAUUUACCACUAAUAAUUGUUAAUUAUAAUAUCUCGUUCUAAAGUUUUUCUACAUAGUUACCCACGUGGGGUAAAGUUAAGCUGGUGUAAAGUGAAGUUUUUCGCACGUUCUCCGAUGACUAAUCUUGUAGGCUCAAUUUCCUAAUAAGACUCAUUAUUUUGCAUACGGAAGUCGAGAUUUAUCGGUUCAUUAGUCUCUUAUGUGAUGUCUGACGGGGACCCGUCCCUCGAAGAAGAUAUUCCCAAGCCUCUGCUCGCCCCGGAGGAGAAUGUGUUCGCACCAAAAAUAGCCACACCAAUAUUCGCAGGGAGCGUGAAACUGCACCACAAACCUUCGGACGCCGCCGAAACCGAGUCCUUCAUAUCAGAUGCUCAAAGAAAUGAACUCGCGUUCGAGCAGUUAUUCGCAGAUGGAGAUGGACCAUUUCACCAAACGGAGAAAGAGACGCAAGAGCGGUCGGAGCUCCACGCGAUGUCAGUGCUCAGCAACUACCGCGACAACCUGUCGCGCGACAUGAACACCGACAGAGACAAUGGCAGCGAGGCGUCGACGCGCGCGGCGGAGGAGUGCGGCUGCGGCGACCCCGCCGUGCCCGACGUCGCCAACAAUAACGGCAAACCCGUGGCCAACCAUUGCUCGAUAGUGAUGGGCGGUAUCCUCAACAACCCAUCUCUAACAUUCAACGACGGCGUGCGUAGCGUGGACUUCGUGUUGGUGUGGGAGGCGUGUAAGGACGACGCGGCCACACCGCAGGCUUUCGACCAGCGGAAGGUGUUUGAAGAGAACCUCGAAGCGGAGGGCCUGCAGCUGGAGAGGGAGGCGCCGCCGGAUCUACACGGACUGCAUUUUGUUAAGAUUCACGCGCCUCUGAAUGUACUUCGGGAUUAUAGUGAGGUUCUCAAGUUGAGGAUGCCAAUGAAGGAUUGCAGUAAAAUAAGAAAAGGUGGGAAGACAAAUGCAAUACUGAAUGCUGCAUUUUAUAUGUCUAAGUUUUCAGCUCUCAAAGAUGUCCACGAGAAGACGAAUAGUUUUUUAGAUAAGGUAGGCGACAAGUGGGACAGUAUGAUGUCGAAGAUCAGAGUCGAUCGCGAGAAGUUCCCGGAGAGAAAAUAUAGACUGACUGCCAUAUACUCAAAGGAUAAGGAAUUUUUAUUCGACACGACGUCCGACUGUUUCUGGACGCCGUCGAUUCGCUCCCGCAUCGUCCAGUUCAUCCUCGACCGCAAGAAGUUUACGCGCUCAUUACACGACGACUUCGCGUUCGGCAUCGCGCGACUCAUCGCGAAUGGCGUCUACAGCGCUGCAUACCCGUUACACGAUGGUGAUCUCAAAACUCCGGGCUCAAUGCGGCAUUUACUAUACAAAGAGUGGGCGAACGUCUCAAAAUGUAUCAAGUAUCAACCACUCGACUAUGUUAAGGAUUACUUUGGUGUUAAAAUAGGUUUAUAUUUCGCGUGGCUUGGCUUCUACACGCAUAUGCUGAUCCCCGCGUCUAUCGUUGGUCUCAUCUGUGUCAUAUACUCAGCCUCUACUGUCUACUCGAACGUGCCAAGCGAGGAGGUCUGCAACUACAAUUCGACGAUCAAGAUGUGUCCGCAGUGCGACUACCACUGCGACUACUGGGACUUGCGCGCGACGUGUCUACAGUCGCGCAUCACGUACCUCUUCGACAACCCCACGACGGUUUUCUUCGCGAUAUUUAUGAGUUUUUGGGCGGCGUGUUUCCUGGAGCUGUGGAAGCGGUACUCGGCGGAGAUGACGCACCGCUGGGACCUCACCGGCUUCGACGUGUACGAGGAGCACCCCCGCCCGCAGUACCUCGCUCGCCUCGCACACGUCAAGCGCACGCAGCUGAACGUUGUAACUGGCGAGCGCGAGCCGAUGGUGCCGUUCUGGCGUAUGCGGCUGCCGGGCGCGCUGGUGUCGGGCACGGCGGUGGCGCUGCUGGUGCUGCUGGCGCUGGCGACGGUCGUGGCCGUGGUGUUGUACCGCAUGGCGCUGCUGGGCGCGCACGUGCUGCGGUCGCGCGACAACCCGCUCAUCACGUACAGCCCCAUCAUGUUCACCACCGCCACCGCCGCCUGCAUCAACUUGGUCUUCAUCUGUAUAUUCAACUAUAUAUAUCAAUUCCUGGCGGAAUGGUUAACGGAGAAAGAGUUGUUACGGACUCAAACAGAGUUCGACGACUCCUUGACGCUCAAGAUCUACUUGCUGCAGUUCAUCAACUACUACGCGUCGAUUUUCUACAUAGCUUUCUUCAAAGGAAAAUUUGUUGGGAGACCGGGAAAUUUUGUAAGAUUCUUCGGCCACAGACAAGAAGAAUGUUCACCUGGCGGCUGUUUCCUAGAACUGUCCAUCCAGCUAGCGAUCAUAAUGGUGGGCAAGCAGUUCAUAAACACAGUGGUGGAAAUGUUGAUGCCGUAUUUGCUCAAAUGGUGGAACCUCAUAAGGAGUGUUGGAAGGAAAAACAAGAUCAAGAGUCAACUGCGAUGGGUGAAAGAUUUCAAACUCGUCGACUUCGGUAACAUGGGACUGUUUCCGGAGUAUUUGGAAAUGGUGUUGCAGUACGGGUUUGUGACGAUCUUCGUGGCGGCGUUCCCGUUGGCGCCGCUGUUUGCGCUCGCCAACAACGUGCUGGAGAUGCGGCUGGACGCGCGCAAGUUCCUGGCGUGCUACCGCCGGCCGGUGCCGCAACGCGUCAGCGAUAUCGGCGUGUGGUACCGCAUACUCGACUCCAUCGGAAAACUCAGCAUCAUUACUAACGGCUUUAUAAUCGCGUUCACGUCGGAGUUUAUCCCGCGCCUGGUAUACCAAUACGAGUUUGGUGAGAUGCGGAACUACGUUAACCACACGCUCACAGACUUCAACACCACCGUGAUCAUCAACCCGCCGCGCGAGACUACCUACAACGAGACCAUGUGCAGCUACCCAGGCUACUGGUACUCGACGGAGAAUGACUACCAGCACACGAACUGGUACUGGCACGUCAUGGGAGCGAGGCUGGCCUUCGUCGUCGUCUUCGAGAACGUGGUGGCAUUAGUGAUGAUCGUGGUCCGCUGGGCGAUACCGGACAUGUCCGCCGAGCUUCGCGACCGCAUGCGGCGCGAGGCGUACGUCAUCAACAGCUACAUCAUGGAGGAGACGCGCGCCGCUCGCACGCCCCGCCUCGAGCCCCGCCCUCCGCGCCCCGCAGGUACAGAAGAAUCGGAGUGGAACCAUAUUGCGACGCUGUCAGGGUCGGAUUUCGAUCUCGCGGCGCAUGGCGACCACCAGGACAUCACCGACCUCUCCAAACACGUCGUCGGGGAGUUGCCCAGCGACAGACCCGAACCUGCCAACGUUUAGGGCCGUCUGUAGGCCAGUCUCGAAUUAAGGUGUAGCGAACCAAACACACCAGUAAAAAAUGUGAGAAUAUUGUAUGCUGGUGUGCUCGGUUAGGCCGAAGCCUAUAUUGGUUUUUAGUUGUCGUAUGGUUACAAUAGUACGAA